GCAUUAUUCCUUUGCGAUGCAUGGCAUUGUUGUUCUCCUAGGAUUGUAGGCUGAAGAUUCUAAUUGUUAUGUGAACAAUUGUUUCUCGAUGUUGCGGGAAUUUGGUUGGACGGUUGAUUGGACUAAUCAUGUGCAUGAUAAUGAAAAACUUGGUUGGAGAUGGUAAGAAUGGAGAUAUGAUGCUUGAGGAGUGUCCCUAGUUGGAGCUUACUUAGAAAGCGAAGAGGUGUUGGACGCCGUUUGAACAUCUUUAUAAGUUUAAAAGUUUAAGUUAGUUUGUUCUUGAGCUUGACAGAGUUUCACUGCUGUAGGGAGCCUAAUAUCCAUCUAAUGUUUUUCUUCCCUCUUUAAAUUUUGUAUAUAUUGAGAAAAAAGAUGCUAUAUUGCCAUUGCUAGUUGUAGGUUGCUGGUCGUUGGAUCUUGUUAUAUGGUCACCACUCACCAGUUUGUAACUUAACGGGUAGUUCGCAUAGCUUCAACUGUGAAGGAUGUUGUAGGUGAUUUGGUGACUUUUGUGAGUGGUUGUGGUGUCACUACAAUUACAACAGUGUGGGAUGUGUUAGGUUGGGGAAUUGUACAUUACAGACAGAUAUGUCCUUGAGUUUUUCGUGUGUGUGUGUGUGCAUUUGCUAGACAAUUUGGGUCGAGCAAGAAAACAAUUCAUCUCACAUAGGUCAAGUUCUGAACUCUUGGUCUCACUUGGUUCGAGCUACCAUACAAUCAGGGGGUCCACUUGCGGGUUAUAGGAGUUGGUGACAGUAGAUCACUAGUUGUUGCAUCUGAUGUACUCACAAUGGAGUUAAAUGACAAGAUUUUAUUGGAAACUUGCCGUAUCAAGUUGGGCGGUGGCUCUUUAUCCGAUCUUAGUAAUUUUGGUGAGAGAAAACUAUUCUUGAACACAGAAGCAACUAAAAAAGUCAUUGAUAUUGCGACUCUUCUCGGUAAAUCGACAGGUCUCGCCUGUGUUGAUUGCUCUGCCAGUUCUGACACUGUUAAUGUGUUAAAGCAAGUGGUUGACUUGGGUUGUUGCAUUGUCUUGGCAAAUAAGAAGCCUUUAACUUCUACAAUUGAGGAUUUUAACAAACUGAUCACGCACCCACGUCGUAUUCGACAUGAAUCAACUGUUGGUGCUGGCCUUCCUGUUAUAGCUUCCUUAACUCGUAUACUAUCUUCUGGAGAUCCUGUCCAUCACAUCAUUGGGAGUUUGAGUGGUACACUUGGGUACAUAAUGAGCGAAGUUGAAAAAGGAAAGCCUUUGAGCCAAGUUGUUAAAGUUGCUAAAAGCCUAGGCUACACAGAACCAGAUCCACGUGAUGACCUCAGUGGUAUGGAUGUUGCAAGAAAGGCUCUGAUCCUUGCUCGACUUCUUGGACAGCAGAUCAACUUGAGUGAUAUUAAGGUUGAAAGCUUGUUUCCAAAAGAAAUGGGACCUGAUGUUAUGCCUAUUAACGACUUUUUAGACGGUGGAGUUUUAGCUCUAGACAGUGACAUUCAGGAGAGAGUUACCAAUGCUUCCUCAAGAGGAAAUGUGUUACGUUAUGCCUGUGUGAUUGAAAGCUCGAGCUCAAGAUGUGAAGUUGGACUUCAAGAGUUUCCCAAAGAUUCUCCAUUGGGAAGAUUGAAAGGAAGUGACAAUGUGCUGGUGGUAUACAGCCGAUGCUACAACGAACAACCUCUUGUCAUUCAAGGGGCUGGGGCAGGUAAUGACACCACAGCAGCUGGUGUCUUAGCUGAUAUCCUUGACCUUCAGGAUUUAUUUUGAAGGGAUAUCUGUGUCAGCUUGGAUGAACCCUGAAGUUAAAAGCUCCAUGUCAGAUGCUACACUCAUCCUUGGAAGCAAAUAUUUUCGUUGUUACUUCAGUUUGCUGUUAGGUCAAGGGAGAGACUAUCAACUGAAAUUUCGGUUUUUGCAGUGCGAGUUAGUUUCCCCAACAAAUGGCCUGUGGUUCUCUUUCAUUCCAAGAAUGCUGGAGGAACUUAGAAUUGCAAACUUUGGUAAGAAAUAUUGUUGGUGACAACUCUUGAAACUUUUGGUUUGGAAUCUGCUGUUUCCAGCAAUUUGGCACUGAGAAUUUGUUGAGUUAAAACUUUAGAAGUUACGUAGGAAAGACUAUUGGAAAUUCUUGAUUCAAUGUGCAAUGAAGCUUGUUUGUUCAAACAA